UCUUGGCCGGUUCACACAUUUCAUGUAGAUUUUUCUGCAAUCACAGUAAACAAGGUCACGUUAAUCAAAAGGUCCACAAAUUAGUCAAAAUAUGUCAAUUCGGCUUGUCUUAUCAUCCUGCACAGAAUCCAAGUAUGUUAAUGGAAGGAAAAAAAUUUCAUUUCAUGGUCCACACGUUUCUUGUAGGUUUUUUCAACGUAAGAGAGAUUUUUUUAUCACCUGAAGUCCCUCACCAGUCACAGUGAAUAAGCUCAUUCCAUGGCUUCUUCCUUUGGAAUGCUCUCAAUCUGUUUACUAGGCCUCCUCCUGGUAGGCACUAGUAAUGGAAUUGCUGAGCCCUCUUCUCCAGACCUAGUCUACAUGAUGGCCCUAAAACAGGUUCUUUCAGAUCCCUACCACCACCUCCAAAACUGGAGUAAUAAUAGCUUCCCCUGCACCUUUAAUGGCAUAAAAUGUGACAACAACAGCACCCAUGUUGCAGAAAUUGAUCUAGGGAACUUCGGUCUUGUAGGGCCAUUCCCGUCUGUAAUUGGCAGCCUGCAAAAUCUCACAUUCCUAUCCCUGGCCAACAAUUCUAUCACAGGCGAAAUACCCAAGGAUUUAACCAGAUGUACCAAUUUGAAGCAUCUAAACUUGUCUCAGAACUAUCUUACAGGUCCGCUCCCUGGUUAUAUAUCAGAGUUAUCAAGCCUAGAAGUCCUGGAUUUAUCAGGCAACAAUUUUUCGGGUACAAUUCCUUUGGAGUUUGCUCAGUUUAAAAAUUUGCAGACACUUGAUCUUUAUUACAAUCUGUUGGGAGGAACUAUUCCAGGGUUUUUGGGCAAUUUAACAAACUUGGUAUAUCUAAGAUUGACCAAUAAUCCUUUUGAUGGCGGUGUUAUUCCUUUGGAGAUUGGGAAAAUGGUCAAAUUGCAGCAGAUAUGGUUGAGCCAAUGUAAUCUACAAGGAGAAAUCCCAGGCUCUAUCGGUGGAUUAGCAGAGCUUCAGCAAUUGGAUUUUUCUCAGAAUAACCUAAAUGGGGCUUGGCAUGGAUUCAUUAGCAACCUUGUAAAGCUAAGGAGUUUGCAGCUUUACAGUAAUAGGCUCAAAGGUGGGAUUCCAACAGAUAUUGGGAAGAUGAGCUACUUGGAAUUGAUUGAUGCUUCGUUCAAUGAGCUCACUGGACAAAUUCCUCAGAGUGUAGGGAAUUUAAGCAUGCUGAAAUCUCUGCAUUUAAUGAAUAAUAAUUUGUCUGGUGAGAUUCCUGCUAGUCUUGAAGGUCUAACUAUGUUGAGUGAUUUGUCUCUGUUUAAUAACUCAUUUCAUGGACAAAUUCCUCAGAAGCUUGGAAGUAACACCCAAUUUUCCAUUUUUGAUUUAUCAAGCAAUCAGUUAAGUGGGUCAUUACCCUCCCAGCUUUGUAAUGGGGGAAAGUUGUUGUUUUUGAAUGUGUUUGAUAAUAUGCUCAAUGGUAGCAUAUCAACACUUAGGAAUUGCUCAAGUCUUGAAAGGCUUAGAUUGACAAAUAAUCAAUUUAGUGGAGAAGUUCCAAAAGAUUUAUGGGGAUCUCCAGGACUUUCUUUGCUGCAACUCAGUAGUAAUAAAUUUGAAGGCAACAUUCCUACCGAUAUUGGGAGUGCAAAGAGUCUCCGGAAGUUGGAAAUUGAUGACAAUUACUUCUCAGGUAAGCUUCCAUCUGAAAUUGGCAUGAUAAACUCUCUGUCUUUUUUGAAUGCAAGCAAUAAUAAAUUCUCAGGAAGCUUACCAGAUGAGUUUGAUGGAUUGAAUCAACUAGAGAUAUUAGAUCUAUCAGGAAAUUCACUUUCAGGAGCAAUUUUCUCAAAUAUUGGAUCACUAAGACGGCUUACACUGCUCAGUCUGAAACAAAAUGAUCUCUCAGGUGAAAUUCCUGUGCAGAUUGGUUCUCUGCAAAGCCUAAUAUACCUUGAUUUAUCCAAUAAUUAUUUGAGUGGACAGGUGCCUGCUUCCUUAGCUGGCCUCCAUCUGAAUUUCUUCAAUCUGUCAAGCAACCAGCUCUCUGGUACAGUCCCCAGUGGGUUGAGCAAAUACAAGGGAACAUUUUUAGAUGAUCCACAGCUUUGUGGGGAAGGUUUUUCAGACAUCAAAUCUUGUGCCUAUAAAAAAAACCAUUUGAAGUUGUGGAUACUCUGUGUUAUCCUUUCCUGUGCUGCUAUAGUUUUGGUUGUUGGGUUGGGAUGCUUCUACAAGAAAUAUUUCUAUGUUUCCAGUGUCAAGGAUAAGGAAAAGAUUGAUACAGGCCCUUGGAAUGUGGUGACCUUCCACAAGCUUCUUUUUCAUGAGCAAGAAAUUGUGGAGUCCUUGAAUGAGGCCAGUGUAAUCGCUACUGGUGGAGCUGGAAAAGUCUACAGGGUAAAUUUGGAAAGUGGUGAGACACUGGCUGUGAAGAGGCUUCCUGGCAGAAAAAAGACAGAGGACUUAAGGUAUGACAGUGGAUUCAAAGCAGAAAUUGAAACGUUAGGGGUUAUUCGACACAAGAACAUUGUCAAGCUCUGGUGUUGCAUCUCUACAGAGGAUUCGAACCUGCUAGUAUAUGAAUACAUGCCAAAUGGAAGCAUAGGAGAUAUUCUUCAUGGCCCUAAACCCACUAGCCUUGACUGGCCUACAAGGCACAUGAUUGCCUUAGAUUCAGCUCAAGGUAUUUCUUAUCUUCACCAUGAUUGCAGCCCUCCUAUUAUCCACCGUGACAUAAAAUCAAACAAUAUCUUGCUCGACAAAGAACUUCAUGCUCAUGUGGCCGAUUUUGGCCUCGCCAUGAUCUUGGAGAAAUAUGAAAAUGGAUCCGAGCUCAUGUCUACAGUUGCAGGAUCUUACGGCUACAUAGCACCAGAGUUUUCUUACUCACUGAAGGCUACAACAAAAAGUGAUGUGUAUAGCUUUGGAGUGGUGCUCUUGGAACUGGUGACUGGCAAGCGCCCAAUUGAUACAUCAUAUGGAGAGGGAGCCAACAUUGUCAAGUGGGUUAGCAGAAUGCUCGAGAAGGAAAAUGGGUUACAAGAGAUUUUGGAUCUUCGAAGUUUCAAUUUCUACAGAGAAUCAAUACUUUCAGUCCUCGGAAUUGCUCUUCAUUGUACCAAUUCCUUGCCUGCUAACAGGCCUACCAUGCGGAAUGUGGUUGAAAUGUUGCAGGAUACAAAUCCACACCAGAAAUCAAACGUGUAAUCCAGAGAGCUGGUAGGCCAUAAGUUUUGGUACAGUAGGAGGGACCUAUGAUACAAUUUUUGUAAUUUGUAAGCCUGCAACUGCACUCAGAAAUUUUAUAGUGGAUGUUACUAAGUAGUACAGUACAUCUCUUUUGGGAAUUUAAAUCUGGGCCUCUUUAAUAAAAGGAAAGACCUUUGGCCCACUGCUUGAACUCUCUCAAUUAAGUCACUAGUCUGAUAUUAGUCUCUUACUGUACCUUCAAGGAUUCAAUUAACAGUUGGGCAAAGGAAGUAAGGGCUUUUUGAGAAAGAAGCUGAAGCAGGGUCAUGGGUGCACACCUUGUUGAUAUACACAUGCGAUGUUUCAAGGAUCGAAACUGUGUCUGACCACAUCAUUGCUGUGCCAUUUUUUUUUCCAAUACUUAUAAUAUCAAAUGAGCAAAUAAGCAAGGCUUUGAAGAAUCA